CCGGUCUAUGGAAGUGGAAUCCUAUUGGUUCCAUUUUUCCCGGUGCCAAACACUUCGCUAGAAAUUCUCUUCUCACGGAUUCUCGCCUGCUCUCUUUUUCUUUUCUGGAACAAUCGUCGCAUCAUUUUAUUUAGUUUCCGAGAAGAUAGCAGAGCCAAGUGAGGAGUUCAGAGCCCUCGAGAUCCAUGGCGGAAGUAGAGAACCAGAAAGCUCUAAGCCUAGCUGAGCAAUACUCAUUGCAGGAAAUAGAGGAGCAACCAGUCCAGGUCGAAUCCCCUGUUCAACCAACUGAAGUUGAGAAGCCAGCUAACACUGUUGCUGAGGAAACUGUAGCUGAGAAAACAGCUGAAGAUGAGAAGCCUGCUGAUACUGUUGUUGAAGCUGAGAAAACUGAGGAAGCUCCUCCAGCUGAAGAAGGCAAUGCAGCUCCCGAGCAGGAAGAAUCAAGUGAGGAAGAAGCUUCCGAAGAGACACCACAAGUAAAGCUGGAGACAGCACCAGCAGAUAUCCGUUUCCCGACCACCAACCAAACGAGGCAUUGCUUUACACGCUAUAUUGAAUAUCAUAGGUGCAUAGCUGCAAAAGGGGAAGGUGCUCCAGAGUGUGACAAGUUUGCAAAAUAUUACCGUUCGCUCUGUCCUAGUGAAUGGGUAGAGAGAUGGAAUGAGCAAAGGGAGAAUGGAACCUUUCCUGGGCCUUUGUAGAGGGCGCUGGAUUCUUAAGGCUACAUGUUAUGAAACUCCUGCCAUUAUUUCGUGGUCGUUUCCAGUCCUGGAAGUUCAUACAAAUGGGAAAACAUCCGGGAGAGUUCUAUUUGAAACAAUGAGUUAAUAAAAAAAUUUUGGCUUGAUUUUUUGUUGUACUAAAUACUAAUUCAAGCCCAAAAAUGGGGAGUAAAUUUAACAUAAAGCAGAAAUACUCACUCUAUUGAAGCUUUUCAAUCUAUUUUGUUA